CGGGGGCGGGGCGGGACGCCCUCGCCUGGCCGAGCGGCCCCCUGCCUUCGCGGGCUGGGCCAUGCUGCGCUGGCUCCGGGGCUUCGUGCUGCCAGGGGUGGCCUGCCAGGAAGACGAAGAUGACUUCAGCUUCGGGAUCCUCUUCCAAGACCUGGACCGCGACGGGAACGGGUUGGUGGACAUCGUUGAGCUCCAGGAGGGGCUGAAAAACUGGGGCUUCUCGUUUGACCAGAACUCGGAAAGGAAUGUUUUUCAAGCUGGAAAUAGCAAUGCUGAUUCGGGAUUGGACUUUGAAGAAUUUAUGCAGUACCUUAAAGACCACAAGAAAAAAAUGAGGCUGGCAUUUAAUAGUCUGGACACAAAUAAUGAUGGAAUAAUAGAAACUUCAGAAAUAAUUACUGCUUUGAAAUCACUGGGUAUAAAUAUUUCUGAAGCUCAGGCAAACAAUAUUCUACAAAGCAUCGAUAGUGAUGGAACAAUGACAGUAGACUGGGAUGAAUGGAAGUACUAUUUUUUAUUUAAUCCUGCAACAAAUAUUGAUGAAAUUGUUCAUUUCUGGAAGCGUUCUACUAUAGUUGACAUAGGGGAGAGUAUAUCUAUUCCAGAUGAAUUUACUGAGCAUGAUAAGCAUUCUGGAGAUUGGUGGAGGCGUCUGGUGGCAGCAGGUAUAGCUGGAGCAGUCGCAAGAACGUGCACGGCACCUUUGGACCGCUUGAAAGUCAUGAUGCAGGUUCAUAGUUUAAAGUCAAGGAGAUUGAGAUUGAUUGGUGGGUUUGAGCAGAUGGUAAAAGAAGGAGGAAUUCGUUCUCUUUGGCGGGGUAAUGGCGUAAAUGUUUUUAAAAUUGCGCCUGAGACAGCACUCAAGAUUGGGGCCUAUGAACAGUAUAAAAAAUGGCUUAGUUUUGAUGGUGCGAAAAUAGGAAUUAUUGAGAGAUUUGUAUCUGGCUCAUUGGCUGGUGCAACUGCCCAGACCUGUAUUUACCCCAUGGAGGUUCUAAAGACCAGACUGAUUCUUGGUAAAACUGGACAGUAUUCAGGGAUUAUUGAUUGUGGCAAAAAGCUUCUGAAACAAGAAGGGGUUAGAACCUUUUUCAAAGGUUAUAUUCCUAACUUCCUAGGCAUUCUACCUUAUGCAGGCAUAGAUUUGGCUGUUUAUGAGCUUUUGAAGAAUUAUUGGCUAGAACAUUAUGCAGCAAAUUCUGUAGACCCAGGGAUGAUAAUUUUACUGGGAUGUAGUGCACUGUCUCACACUUGUGGUCAGAUAGCCAGCUUCCCUCUGAACCUAAUCAGAACUCGCAUGCAAGCUCAAGUACUGGAGGAAAAAGGGACGACUUCUAUGAUUCACCUCAUUCAAGAGAUAUAUAACAAUGAAGGAAAAAGGGGAUUUUUCAGGGGUCUCACCCCAAACAUCAUAAAGGUGCUUCCUGCAGUAAUCAUCAGCUGUGCAGCUUAUGAAAAAACAAGACAACAUAUGGGAUUAACGUAAAAGUGAAAUAUCAAAUUGUUGUCAUUACCCAAAUCACUUAAUUGUAAGAUAAUACCUGGGUCGUAAAGAGAAAUCUGUCUUUUUCUAAAAUGAAAGACAUGCCAAAUAAUUGUUAAAACAUU